GCCGCUGUUCCCGAGCUGUUGAAGGCCGAGCGCGGCGCGAGCGCGGAAGGGAGGUUGAGGAGGAGGAGGAGGGGGGGGAAGCGAUGGAGGAGGGGGGCGGCGGCGGUAGCGGCGGCCUCCGCUGCUGAGGCGCCGAGCGAAGGCUGCCCCUGAGGCGGCCGUUUGCGCCUCUCUCCGUCUUCCUUCCCUUCCGUCCUCGCCUUCCCACCGGCAUCAUGAACAGGGGCAGCAGCGCCGCUUCGUGCCCUUCGUCGGUCCCCGGAGACGGACACGGCAGCGGGCUCGGGCACAGCGAGUGCCGCCGGGUCUGUAGCAACUGUCGGAAAGUGCUGAGGCAGGAAAAGAAAAUCAGAGUUUCUCUGCCUUUAACAAGAGGACCAAGUGCCUUUAUACCAGAAAAGGAAGUUAUGCAAGCCAACAGUUUGAAUGAACGAAUGCACUUGCUUGUGGAAGAAUAUUCUACAUCUGGUCGCCUAGAUAACAUCACCCAGGUCAUGAGUUUACAUACCCAGUACCUGGAGUCCUUCCUCCGCAGCCAGUUUUAUAUGUUGCGUAUGGAUGGACCUCUUCCUUUGCCCUACCGGCAUUAUAUAGCAAUCAUGGCUGCUGCCAGACACCAGUGUUCCUACCUAAUAAACAUGCAUGUGGAUGAGUUCCUGAAGACUGGAGGGAUACCAGAGUGGCUGAAUGGCUUGGAAUACAUUCCACAAAGGCUGAAAAAUCUAAAUGAAAUCAACAAGCUUCUUGCACAUCGACCCUGGCUAGUUUCAAAAGAACACAUUCAGAAACUUGUCAAGACAGGAGAAAAUAAUUGGUCUCUUCCUGAACUGGUGCAUGCUGUGGUCCUUUUGGCGCACUACCACGCCUUGGCAAGUUUUGUCUUUGGCAGUGGCAUCAAUCCAGAGAGAGAUCACGAUACCUCAAAUGGCUACAGGCUCAUAUCAGUUAACAACUUCUGUGUCUGCGAUCUUGCCAACGAUAACAACAUCGAAAAUGCGUCCCUUACAAGCAACAACUUCGGGAUACCAGAUUCUUUGAGUGAGCUGGAGGCCCUGAUGGAUAGAAUGAAGAGGCUACAGGAGGAGAAGGAUGAAGAGGAGGCCUCCCAAGAGGAAAUGGAUACUCGUUUUGAAAACGAGAAGACAGAGAGCCUCCUAGUUGUCACUGAAGCCUUUGAUGAUGAAAUAGCUUCCAUAGCCGACAUUUCUCGAUAUGUUGAAGACACAAGUUUUGGAUACAAGGACUUUGCUAGGCGAGGUGACCUACCAACAUUCCGAGCCCAGGAUUACACCUGGGAAAAUCAUGGAUUCUCCCUUGUGAACAGGCUUUAUUCUGACAUUGGCCAUCUGCUAGAUGAGAAAUUCCGAAUGGUCUAUAACCUCACAUACAACACUAUGGCCACCCAUGAAGAUGUUGAUACAACCAUGUUAAGAAGAGCUUUAUUUAAUUAUGUCCACUGUAUGUUUGGAAUCAGGUAUGAUGACUAUGAUUAUGGAGAAGUUAAUCAGUUACUUGAACGGAACCUGAAGGUUUACAUUAAGACAGUGACCUGCUACCCAGAGAGAACUACCAAGCGCAUGUAUGAUGGCUACUGGCGUCAGUUCAAGCACUCGGAGAAGGUUCACGUGAAUCUUCUUCUUAUGGAGGCCCGCAUGCAAGCCGAGCUCCUCUAUGCCCUCCGUGCCAUCACACAUCACUUGACCUGAAGCGUGGUGGUGAAGGUGUGAAUAAAGCUUCCAAACAAGAUGCACAGUAAAGAAGCUGCCUGUGGUGUAGCAUCUGGUUAUUGGAUUCUCAAGUGUCAAAAGCUGAAGCUGCAUUUCUGGCAGCUGAUAACGUGCAAUGAUCUAUAUCUUUUUUUUCCUUGAAGCUUAACUUUACUAAUAUAGCAAAUAUAACACUGAGGAACACUGCUUAGGUUGUUUGCAGUUGAUGUAUUUGUUGCAAACCCUAAGUUGAUUUGUUAUUGUUGAUUCUUUGCUAUUUCUUCUCGCACUCAAAAGAAGAACACUUCACGGUGUCUUUUUUGGUUCUGUUUUCACCCACCCUACGCUCUGUCAUAUGAAUAGAGUCCAGUGAAGGGUUUUAACUUUUCCUUCCUUCCUCUCCUUUCAGUUUUUUUCUAGCCUAUUCUAACAGUUUUCAUAAAUCCAGAAUACGCUGUGUUUUAAGAUGAACUCCUCAACUUGCUCAUUCUUACAUUAUUCCUAGAAAUAUAGUAUUUCAGCAGUAGUCUGAAGGUCAUGUGGAACUUGAUGCAACUGUUGUCUGCCUUUAAAAAUGUGAAAGGAACUGCUACCAAUUUUGCAGCAUGCUACUGAGAUACAGCAUUCAUAUACUUGGUUUCCUGAAUGAAGAGGUGUUUACCAUAUCCAUUUCAAUUGUACAUAUCAGUUCAGGGAUUGUAUUCUCCUCUUUUGUCUGAGAUCACUCUCUCUCUUGCAGCCCCUAAUAAUGCUUGAAGGGUACUUAAACCACCAAACCAGUUCAUUUGGAAUGUUUGAAUUUUUAAAGAUUUUAUGAUUAUUAUUAUUAGUUUAAAUCCAAGUUUAUUCUUUAACUGGUUUGUAGACCUGGCAAUCAUGGAGAAUGUGCAGACUGAUCAAAUGAGAAACAAUCGACUUGAGCACUUUGAUUUUACAACAAUAAAGAGUUGCCUUGUACUGUC